AUGUUCCUCAUCAAGGGAGUCGUGUACCGCCUUCAUAGUCGGACCGCUCGCGAUGCACUUGUUGAAGAUAGGCUGGGCGACCUCGAGCGAGAUGUCUCACUGUUCAAGGAGUUAGGCCUCAAUGUGCUCUUCGUUGAUUUCGUUGACAGUACUCAAGACCAUGGCAAGGCCAUGAAGCUUCUUGCAGAAGCCGGCAUCUAUGUUGUCGUUGGCCUGCCUACCGCAGCAAGCACAACAGAUAGUGCUGGAACCACAACAACGUUCCGCCCAUACAGCCAGCAAUUGCUUGAGGACUGCUUUGCAACCGUGGACUGCAUGUCACAGUACUCAAACACACUGGGACUCAUCGUUGCAAACGGGGCCCUGAGUACUAUCUAUUCCACGGCAGCUGCUCCAAUGAUCAAGACAGUGAUACGGGACAUCAAGAAGUACAUGUCUACUGCCGCGAAGACCUUGGACCAACGCCAGCUACCGAUCGGUUAUAGCGCCUCGAAUGGCAGGCUAAUACUCAAGACCACCUUCGACUAUUUCACGGCCGGCGAACAGGAGGAGACAGUUGAUUUCUUUUGUUAUGCGAACUUCAACUGGUGCGGCGAGUCCACCAUGCAAUUGGCCGGCUAUGAUGCGGAACUGAAGACGUUCAACAACUCGAAAAUCCCGAUCUUCUUCUCCCAGUACGGCUGCAAUCUUGGUGCAUGUGGGAAGCGAAUCUUUCAGGAAACUUCGGCAAUCUACUCGUCUGCGAUGACCGCCGUCUUUUCGGGAGGAAUAGCAUACGAGUUCUACGACUCGCUGGACAACCGCUCAGGCCAUUGGGGCUAUGGUCUGGUGAAGGAGGAAGUGACAGCGGCCGGGAGAGGUCUGACAAAGUUGCCGGACUUUGAGAGCCUGAAGGCCAGGCUUGAGGGUCUUGAGACCGCAUCACAGCAGACCCAGAACUCGCCGGAUCUGGCGAGAGUACGGUCUGAGCCAGACAGAACGCCGCAGGAUAUCCCGCCAAUCUCCAGUCACUGGAGGGCCGGCCAUGCUCUUCCAUAUAGUCUUGCAGACUGGAGUGGCAUUCGGAAUAAACUUGAUCAGAAGGCGUGGUUGGAGGUCAGGAUCGAGGACAUCGAUGAGAUGGACAUCGGUUCACGGGCAAAAGCGAUUCGAGCAUAA